AUGAACGUCCAAGAUGGUAUUACUGGUAAGGUGGAGGAAGCCGAAGAUGUUCCACUUCCAGGGUUUCGAUUCCAUCCAACAGAUGAAGAGCUUCUUAGGUUUUAUCUUCGACGAAAGGUUGAUAAGAAACCCAUCAAAAUCCAACUCAUCAAACAGUUGGAUAUCUACAAAUAUGAUCCUUGGGAUCUUCCGAGACCUAGCAGUGAAGGAGAAAGUGACUCAUAUUACUUCUGCAAACGAGGAAGAAAGUACCGAAACAGCAUUAGACCAAAUAGGGUGACAGGAUCAGGAUUUUGGAAAGCAACCGGCAUUGACAAACCUGUCUAUUCACAUGGAGGAGAAGGCCAUGGCCAUGAGUGCAUAGGGCUAAAGAAAACAUUAGUAUACUACCGUGGAAGUGCAGGAAAAGGAACCAAAACUGAUUGGAUGAUGCAUGAGUUUCGCCUUCCUAGCAAUCACAAUAACACCAAUCCCAAAUAUACUACCCAAGAAGCUGAAGUAUGGACUAUAUGUCGAAUUUUCAAGAGGAACGUAUCACACAGAAAAUACACACCGGUUUGGACAGAAAUUGCUGCUAAACACAAUUCAAUUACUAACACAACAAGUUCUCAAACAUGCAGUGUGGAAUCCAACAGUGAUGAGGAAAAUUACAUAAGCUUUGGUGCUCCAAUUCUUCAGCAUUAUGAUGACGAUCAGAAGCAAAUUGUUGAUCAAAUCAAUGGAAGCUUCCAAAAUUGGCAUGUAGCAGCUGAUCAAUUGAGCACCAUAGCUCAACCAGCUCAACCUCCAUUUAUUGCACCAUCUUCAAGCUUUUCAAAUCCAGAAAAUGACUUCUUCACAAACGCAAAUUGGGAUGAACUCAGAUCAGCUGUAGAGUUUGCUUUUGAUCCCUUUCUUCUGUAA